AUCAUUUAAAGCUUCUUUCAGGUGCUUCAAGGUGGCUAAAUUAAUUAUUAAACAAACUAUUAUUUGACUUUUAUUACUAUGGGAUAUCUCUUAAAGGUAAUUGAAAAACACAUGCUAAUUAAUCUGAUCACAUAUGUUUCUGAACUGUUCUAAUUCCAAAGGCCAUGAUUAUAGAGUGUAUUUCCAUUUGGCCUAGGUUUUAUCUGAAAACCUGUUUGAGGGUAUGUGCUAAGGAAAAUUAUUUCUAAUAAUUUAAUUUCCUGAAGAUUUGGUUAAUGUUCUCACAUGAAUACAUUGUUCACUAAGUUGUUUAUUAACAAUUUAACCACUCAUGCCAUCUCUGCCAAAUUUUUUCAAGGAAUAAUUUUUUUUGGAAUUUGUCCAGACAAAAACUUGAAAAUUCAAUAGUAAGUCUGGCAAAAGCUCACUUCUCUGUAUUAAGCAGUGAUUCUUUCAUGAAUAGUCACAUUCUCAGCUUUUACAUUUUUAGUUGUAAUCUGAGCCUUGCCACUCACACCUCCAAGCUCACUGUAUAAUAAUUUUUAUUAUCCUUAUAAUGCAUAAUCUUAUGUAAUUUAAAUACUGUUAGUGCCUCAGGUUUUUGCACUGCUUUUAAAAUUUUUCUUGUUUGCGAUGGAUCUCAUUUUAUCAGCUGUAAGUUAAGUGAUUUUAUACAACCUCAAGCCAUUGAAGUUUUUCUAAAUUUUGAGCUAGGGAAGGGUACACUGUAUUUGGGUCAUAGCCAAGAUUCUUUGCUUUUUAAUAGCAGACUUCUCCAUCUGUUAUUAACAUUGUCAAAAUGGAUAUGAAUAUUCACCAAAGCUGAGCAAGUCGUGUUGCCUAGUUUUCAGGGCUUUAACUCUUCUAACAGUCUUUAUUAUUUUCCUUCGUCAUGUAAAACUCAAAAUACUCACAAAGAAAUCCCCUUCCAUCUAAAAUAUACAAACAAAUCAUGGCAAAGUUUUGACCAAUUUUCGGUCUUGUCAGAUUUGCUUAGCAACCGGAAAAAUUUCCUUAACAUGUGCUUGGGCCAAGAUGCUGUUCUGUUUACAUACUACAAUUUAAUUUCUUCUGCAUCUUGCAUUUGUUUUGAACCUUUGUUCAAAGCUUGGGGUCACCUUAAAAUGCAAUGGGCCAAAUAUUUGAACACAGUUUAGCCAGUGUUUAACAAAACAAAACUUUGUUCUAAGUCAUUUUCAAUCUGCCCAAUGAUUUCAUCUAAACAUCAUUUAUUGUGAACAGUUUUAUGAAAGCUUAUAGAGAAGACAGAAAAGCAUUUAUCUUCUUAAAACAACCCACAAAAGAAGAGAUCUGUAGGUUCAAAGAUUCGUUAAACUGCGGCUUAAGUUAGACUUCAUUUAAAAUAUUUGGCCCAAUGUUUUUAUUGUAUUUUUCAUCAUCAUUAACCGUGUGUUAGAUAUGGGAGAUUUAGGGUUUUGGGUCAAAGCUAGGAUUGGCUUACACAUGUACAGAAUGCAGUAGUGCUUUUUAUUUAAUGCUUAGACACAUGUAUUUUUCUCAGUCUUUCACUGAUAUAUUUCAUUGUAUUGUUUUCUAAUUAUAUUUAUUAAUUAAUCUAUUUAUAAUUAUUUUUUGGGCAGACACUGUUUGUUCCAGAAAAUCAAACAGAAACAAGGAUUCCAGCUGAAAAUCCUUCAUCAGAGCCGGUUACGAAACCUCCGCAGCCACUGAAUGUCAAGGUACGGAACAUGCUCUCAUAGUCCAAACUACUCAAGAGCUGCAGGUCUGGGUUCAAGUCCUUGCUGGACUAUCACUCAGGGUCCUUAAAAAAUUAAGACAGAAUCCACCAAGAAAUUGAGUAAUUUUAAUUUUCAGUGGACAAAAACCUUGUACCAGAAAAAUUUUAACAAUAUCACAUUCUUUUCUACACUUUUCAAGGGCUACAGAUCAGUGCUCGACUUUCAGAAAAAAAAUCUUGGGGCCAGCUGGUCCCCAAGUCUUCAUUUUUGGUCGCCAGAACAAGACAUAGUAUUCUGGUCACCAAAAAUUACAUUUAAGAAUUAAUGAAAUACAAUAAACUUAACAUCUUUUACCUAGCCUUAACAGAAAAAGAAUGGUUUAGACUUCCUUUUGAACUUUCUUUCGAAUGGUUUUCACUCAAGGCUUGAUUACCAGCCACUGUUCAGGAAAAUGAGCCCACAUUCAAGCUUAAAUCUCCUCAAACAGGUAUUCAAGCCUAAUGUUCAGGAAACGGAAUACACAGUUAGAGAAGAAAACUUAAGGCUUCAAUAAUUAGGUUAUUAAAGAACUAAAUCUGCAAACAUCUGUUUUGCGUCCCAUUUAUUUGCAUGUUCAGAAAUGAACAUUGGUAAAACUUGAUCUAGUUCGUUGCCUAGCACGUGAUCGAAAGUCUUCAGAAAGAGGAAACGUCACUAAUGUUUUUGGGCAAAGAAGUUGAUUUUGCGAGAAGUCUGUUCGACAAACAGCAUGACUUCAAUGGUACUUCAUACAUGUAAGAAGUCAGUAAAAUAUGGUAGAGCUUUUAUUUGGGUCAUCACAGAAAUUUUGAUUCAUAAAGUUGUAUACAAGAAGCUCGAGAAAUAAGCGACAUUCCUUCUUGAUUAGCUUAAAUUUUUAUCAGACCAAUCUGCUAUCGAGUCUGCAAUCAAGAAAAAACUUCUAGGGCUAUUUUUUUCAGGUUUAGGUGCAAUCCUGUUAUUGCUAAAUGAAUGACCUUACAUGUACAGCAACGCAAUAUAGAUGUUGCAGUUCAAUUUUAUACAUAUCGUACUUGGUAUAAAUUUUAUUUUUCUUUGUUUUGGUGUAUGGUAAUGUACGUGUAUAAUAAUUAGUUUGAAACAAAGGAAAAUAUAAUUUAAAUUAAUAAAGGAUAUACAUGUAUGUGAAUUACAACAUACAGUGUAGAUACCUUGUGAUUACAAUGGACAGUUCUCUUGGUCUCAAAGUGACUGGUAACCUUGUAAUCUUGCCCUCUAUAAUUUACAUGUACAGAUGAUAUACAACUCAGUAAUGUGGACAUUCAGCUUAGUUCCCUCCGCCGCCAUGUCUCUAUUUUGGAGAUUUGGACUGUGUUCUUCCGCUUUCACUCUUAGACCAAAUUAAUUAUGGCAAGGUUAUUUUUUGUUACUCUGCCACUGAAAUCUGUCGGCAAAAUCCUGUGGUGUUACCAUUCAUAUCAGUGAAACCUUUUGGCAGAAUUUUUGCAUGGUGCCAUUUAUUUUGUGGGAUUUCGCAAAAAGAUAUUUUGGAAUUUUGGUAGAAAUUUUCUUUAGCCACUACCAGGAGUACAUAGUUGCAGUUACACUACAAUUUUAUUAAUUUUGUAGGAGAAUGGUACUGCACAUGAGGGUGAUCACGAAACAAUUAAACUAACCAAGGAUGUGUCAUGGGAAGAAGAAGAAGAGGAAGUUACUGAACAUUAUCUCAAGAUUUAUGCCAAAUACAUAACUGAUGGCCAGGUGAUUUUAAAAUAAUAUUAUCAUUAUGCAGUGUACUCAGUAGAAAACUUAACCCUUUAAGCCCCAAUAUCCACAUACAAAUUCUCCAAACUGAGCUCUAUACAUUCCCUUCAAGAAUAAGUUGAGAGAGAAUUUGAUAAAAGAUCAAGGCAUUUUUCCUUAGGUGAUCAUUUUAUUAAUUCUCAUAACCUAAUCUCUUGACAUUGUAUGGGUACCGUUAGGAGGAAAUUGACGUUAGACACUAUUGGACACUAUUGGACAGCACUGAAAAGGUCCUAAAGAAAGGUUGCAUUCUUUCAAACUUUAUCCAAUACCAUUUUUCAUGUGUCUGUCGUCAUGGUUGCCAAAGAUCCCCAAUAGGCACUGGUGGCCGACAACCAGGGUUUCCUUUGUCACUUAUGAAUAAUUAGGGCAUCAAAGAAAAUUAAUUCUGGAUCUUACAAGGUUGAAUACUGGAUUAACCUAUGAAAGGGUUUAACCUACAAAAAUAAUUAUCCUAGGAAUGUGAUAAUUAGUCUUAAAAUUUUAGAAUAUCUGAUGUUGAGUACCAGGGUUCUUCAAAGGAGGCCAUUACCACACUAUUAUUAUUUUGCUGUCUUUCUCAGGGCAUUGCCAAUGGUGUUCUAUUGAUUACUCCACACUCUGUCAUGUUCAAGCCCAAUGUGUCGGACCCUUUGGUGAUGGACAGGGGACAGGAUACAUACAGCAUAGCCACACUAAUGACGUCCGUCACAAGUGCUGCAAUGUAUACAGAUAUAGCUGCUAUGGCNUGUUCAAGCCCAAUGUGUCGGACCCUUUGGUGAUGGACAGGGGACAGGAUACAUACAGCAUAGCCACACUAAUGACGUCCGUCACAAGUGCUGCAAUGUAUACAGAUAUAGCUGCUAUGGCAAUUCAUGAUCCUCUAAAACCUGGAAGGUGAGCCCAACAAAGCCUUAUGGAUGUACAGUGUACAGUCGCAGGGCUCGGAAAUAAUUGAGUUCUAGCUUGUCUUUUGGGCAAGCCGCUCUCACAUUUUGGGUGCCUGGGGCAACUUCUUGCUUGUCUCACUCAAAAAGGGCGGAUUUAGGGGUGGGCCCAGGUGGUCCCGGCCCCCCUUGUGUGGUUUUAUUAAAUAUUUCAGCAUUACAUGUUCAAUAUGGAUUCCAGGCAUUUGCUAAACUUAAGUGUCCAGAAUGCACUUGACUGCAUCUCAGAGAACUUCAUCUCAAAAAUUUUCCUGGAGGAGCAUGAACCCAAAACUCCCUAGAAAAGUGCACCAUUCACAGUCCUGAUAUUGCCACUGUAUACUAUGUCUCCAGGCCCCCUCUAUCGCAAAAUUCUCCGUCCGGCCCUGCUCAAUUGUGAGCUUUAAAAGUUACUCGCCCAUUAAGAAAAAUCUACUUGUCCUGGACUACUGGAUGGGACUUUUUUCGAGCCCUGCAGUAGCUUUCACGUGAUUGGCAUUGGUGCUUUUCCAAUAACUCUUGUACAAUGUAGUCAUAACUGCAUGUAAAUGGUUUAACCCUUUAAGCCCCAAUAUCCAGAUACAAAUUCUCCUAACUUGUCUCUAUACAGUUCCAUAAAGAAUAAGUUGGGAGAAUUUGGUGGAAGGUCAAAGCAUUUUCUCUUACAGUAGGUGAUUACACCUUUUGCUGUUCAUUACGAGAAAAUACACAAUUAUUUGCGUGAAACGGCGACCAAUAGUGCAAAGAUACAUGUACAUUUGUUAGCACGAAAAUACGAGCAUUUGCGCAUAAAUCAGAUUCACUUACGAUUUUUGCAUUUUAAUCAACAUUCAAUAGCAUUUUUGGGCAUUCAUAUGCGUCAUUCGGCAUACAAAAGAGAAAAAUAUAAUUUCAUUAACGCCAACACCACCGUCAUUAACACCAUCUUGAAAGUCAAUAGGGACAACAGAAAAACAUUUAAGUGUAAACUCUAUUCAUUAACAUUUUUAUGACACUGCAAUUCAAUAGCAUUCCUGGACAACCUUCGGAUGGAUAAGACAAACAUUUAUGUGUUUGUACAAUCAAUUGAGCAUUCUUUACAUUAUUAAUACACAAAAAUAGAUUUUCAAUUAAACAAUAGGAAUUCAAACAAAUUUGGCCUAUACAUCAGCAGUAAUUUUUCAUUUUAAUGUUUGAUGUUACUGUAGAAGACUGAGUUUAACUUCCUAACAUGUGUAGGUUUGAGUGCUUUAUUCCAAGUCUCGUUUUCAUUGAAUAUUUUUAGGUUUUACUUGGAUGCUGCUGCGGCAGAGACAUUGAGUCGUCAAAACAGCAUAGAUGUUGAGACAAUAUCAGAAUCAACUGUGUGUGACGACUCUGUUAAAUUCUGUACAGAUCAAAAUAAGCCACCAGAAUCAUCACCCUUCUUAAAUGUAAAUGAAGUAAAAGAAAGGGUGGAGAGCAUGGUUGACACUGUGGACAGAUACACUUGUGUUGCGUCAGGGAGUACAGUUGUGGAAAAUACUGAAGACAUUAAAGUUAUUGUACAUGAUCUUCUUGAUAAUCUUAUAAACAAGAUAACGGAACUUGAAAAUAGCCACGAAGGAGCCUCAGUGGUUGUGAAAGACGGUAUUAGGGUUAGGGAUAUUCACUCUGUUUCACCAAUGUCAGAAGACUCGGGAAUUGGUUGUUCCUUGGGUCAUACAGAUGAUGGUAAAAAUGAAGACUCCGAGCUUGUUGAUCAAAGACACGGUGGUUUGAAUGUUUCAAUGACCUCUGAGCAGUCAAGCGAACAUGUAAGAGUUGACCAUGAGCAAGGUCAAGUUGCUUAUGUUAAGGAGUCUACGUCAGAGUCAUUGUUUGCAGCUUUAAGCAGUAAUGUCAAGUACUGGCUAGGACAAGGGAGUUAUGAUCAAACUGGUAAGAUCAGUUUUGCUUUUUCUUUUUCACAUUAAACAAUGGCAUUUCAUUGCACUUAUUUAAACUCACACUUAAGAGAUACAGUGAAACCUCUAUUAUGCGGACCCCCUCGAGACCUUCCCAAGUGUCCGCUUAAUAGAGGGUUAAAACAAAUCAAAUCACUGGUUUAUUGUCCCUUUUGUCCCUUUUUAGGAUACCUUACAAGUUGUGAUAUAUAUAGAGGAUAUUACAUGGCCACAUGGGGAGAUGAAUUUUAUCUUCGAGUGCUGAAAGUAUCUCUCACGAAUGAGUGAAGCGAACAAUACUUUCAGCAAUACUUUCAGCACUCAAAGAUAAAAUUCGUAUCCCCAAGUGGCUGUGUAAUGUUCUGUUUAUUUUAUAGAUACUGAUGAAAUUUCUACAUAAAACCCAACUUUUUUUAAAUUCAUUUUCGAAACAGCAAAAUAUUGCAAUUAAAGUGGUCACCUAUUGCAAAAUGCCUGUCACAACAAUGUUAUGAAACUGGGAUAUAAAGUUAUAAAGGAGAAAUAAAGGCAAUAAUACUUAAAUUUUCUUUUCCAAAAAGUCAAAAUUGUGUUAGUAACCAUGGCGACACCAAUAUCCUCACAUGUGAAAGAUAAAAAUAGUAUCUUCACUGUGCACGAUGAAGAUAUGAUUUUUUAGUAAAAGGAAAAAUCCUGGUAUUUCAUCAGUAUCUAUAUAAUAAAUACUAAUACGCUACAUUAUUGACAAGAUUGAUAUUUAACACUAACAAAAUUUGAGAAACAUUCGGUCCUUGUGGCCAUAGGCCUGCUAGAACUCCCUGAUCUUAGACACACACUGGUAGAUAUAGGUACCACUCCCUUGUGUAUUAGAGUUUCUAGUUAAUAGAGGUUUGUAAAAGUUGCACAAUGUUUGGUAACGAUUAACAUUCAACGGUUACUCUGUACUGUGAGACAGUUCCAUGUUGUUAAGGAUGCUAAGGAAGCUGUGCUGUACUUUGUGCAAGACUUUUAGGUGAACUUUGAUCGUGGAUGACAAUCUUACGGAUGGAUAUCAGUCUAAUCUACAGUUUAUUGACAGCUAAAUGUAUUGAUUUAACUUCAUUAAUCGACUAAAGUUCGUAUUUCAAGGAUGUAAUCCAAUACUACUAUUGUCAAUUCAGUCCAGUGUCCGCUUAAUAUAGGUUUUUAGCAAUUAUAGAAAUUAGCCAGAUACAAUUUAUUUUAGUGUCAGCAUCUGCUUAAUGGAAGUGUCUGCUGAAUAGGGGUUUGUUAUAAAAGGAAAUAAGACAUUAAUUUUGGGCCCCACCUUAGUGUCCGCUUAAAGGAGGUUUCACUGCAACAUCCUUUUUCAGUUAAUAAAGAGGAGGUGCAUAUAGUUCCAAAGCCUGCUACACCUGUCCACCACCAGCCAUUAUAUCUUUGCUUAAGGAUUAGCAAAAAACACUGGUGUCGGCAUCACAGUGCCACAGGACAUCCAGUCUACCCUGGAGAGGAACUUUGUGAUAGAGAUAUGAAAAGAAGAGAGUAUUGGUUUGCUAUUCCACCAUCAAGGUUGGUACACAGUCAGUUUUAGUGUCAUUACCAUCUUUUGGGUAUAACAUUUAUGCAUGUUUAUGCCUAAACGUUGUUAUGUUACGUUACGUUUAAUUAAUCAAUUCCUGGAAGAAAAAAUACACAAGAACAGCCAAAGCCGGGGGCUUAAAAUGGCCUGAGGUCAGCAAAAAAAAAGACGUGAAGAAUUUACAAGAAUAGAAGAAGGCUUUAACUAAAAUAAUUACAAUACAAUUAGAUCAAGAAAGAAAAGGUCAGUUAGAAAAACUUACAACUAAAAUACAAUACUUGGCAACUAAUUUCAAAUAUUUAAACAACUAAUAAUUCCUAUAAACCUAUUAUUAUUCCUAAUAAUUCCUAUAAACCACACAAACAACUAUAAACAAAUACACCUAGUAUAGUCCCAUAAGGUGUACAGAUUAUGCGUAGGCUAAUUAACUACUCAGAAAAAUACAGUCUUAAGUUUUUUUAAAAGUUACUUACUGUGAGAUUAUUGCGCACAGUUAACGGAAUAUCAUUCCAAAUAAUAGGAGCUUGCCAAGUGAUAGCAAAUUGGUACUUAUGACAGGUUUUAUGCAAAUUAAAACGUGAACGAGUCAUAUAAUCGUUGUAAGUAUAUGUAUGUAAGUAUAUUGGAUAUCCUCCAAGACUUGAGAUGGGAUACCCUUGAGCAAAGACGCUCUAAACAGCUCGCAAUAAGUGUUUUUAAAUCUCUAAAUAACCUUUACCCUGAGAGUUUAAAGAACGUUGUUUAAACCAACCUCCGGGGUUUAUUCUUACAACAUGCAAGGUGCCUCGAACAACAUUUUUGUACUAAGGCCCCGUACUGAUGCUGCUAAGUGGGCUUUUAGCUAUAGGGGGGGCAGUCAUGUGGAAUGGCCUAGAAAAUUGUGCUUAAAGACGAGAUAAAUCUCAACUCUUUCAAGUCUGCCCGGUCUUUGUCUUGAACCAGGGAUUACCUUGAGGGAGUUGAGAUAGAAUUUAUUUUAGUUAUAUAAUGUACCUUUAAGGUUGAUUGAUUUUUGUGUAAUUAAUUAUAGGAUAGAUUUUCUUAAUAUAUGGACAUAUUUUAGCAUUAGUAAAGUUUCUCUGAAAUUUUGUUAUGUAAGCGGCUCACUGGAAGAGCAUUUUUAAUGAAGUGAUACCGUCGUAAGUAAAGCUUGAUUGAUUGAUUGAGUCUGCUUAACACAAUCUCUGUGUUUGGCAGAUAAUUUAAAACAAAUGUCAAUCCUUUUACAGGUAGAAGUCACAAGUUAGAAAGGCAGGGCUGUCACUAAGAGCGGGGGGUCGGGGUUUUUCCCAGGCUACUAUGAGAAUGAGCCCUGGCUACUCUUAUAGGAAACAAAGGAAAAUAGAACCAAGAGAACUUGCAUCGAUUUAGGUUUUUGGGAAACUGCCCACCUACCCCUCCCCUAAGCGAACAUUUUGCCCUAAAUGAGAAGUAAGUGUUGUUGUUGACUUAGGGGAGGGGUAGGUGGGCAGUUUCUCAAAAACCUAAAUUGAUCCAAGAAAUUCCUAGCUGUACAAUUCCCCUCCUACUAAUUGCAUAUACCCGGCAACUUGAAAUUUUAGCGACAGCACUGAUAAAGGACUAUCAACAAUUAGAUCUUCUGGGAUGUUUUUUAGUCUAGAACUUAAAGUAAAAAAGUGAGAGUUGGGUUAAAAAGUGGUUGCUGUGGGGUGACUUUGAUCUAACAAUGUACAUGUAUAAGAAAGGGUCCAAAAAAACUUGGAAAGGUGCAGGUUUGUGCCUGGGCAGCUAAUAAAUUUGUCAUUAAAAAACGACAAGCUGAGACAUGUGGCCAAGAUUCUAAUAUCGACCAUGUACAUGUUCUCGUACAUGCUAGUAUAUAUGAGACGUUAAAACUUUGAGUAGGACAUUGUUUAAACAAAAGUUAUCCACGUAGUUGAAAUCAGGAACAUAAACUUUUGUGACAUCCUGUGUUCCUAUUCAAUUUCUCUCCUACAAAAAAUUAAUAUUUAUUUAGGUUUGGGGCUAAAGUUGUCGUGCAUUAUUAUUUUUUGUUUUAUCCUUUUCCACAUCACACUCGUGUAGUGGAGCGUGGGCCAAAAAUAGGGCACCGUGGCAAGAAAAAUAGAGGGGAGACUGCUCCUUUUUCAGUCUUCUCUUGGGUAUUUAUUUUUAUUAUUAUAAUUAUUUUUAUUUUUAUUUUCUUUUUUGCAACAGCUACAUGUAGUAUUUUAGGGUAAUCAGAGUUUUUCUUGUAUUCACAGGACAGAGCAAGUGUAUAGAUUCUUUCAAAAGUGGUGUCCAAACAUACAUAAUGCACUGGAUGAUGAUGAAAGUGAAGAUGAUGAAAUGACAGAUCCACACUACUGUACGGCAGAGGAAGAGGUUAAUAGAGUAAUAAGCCUGCUCAUGGUCAUUUAUUUUUCCGUAAGAUCGUCAAGAUCGAUUGCUUUCCAUUCUGUGUGGCCGUUUUGGUUUCAAAUGAACCUAGGGGAUGGAUGUCAGGGUUGAUAGUGGUGGAGGAAGGGAGGCCUUAUGAUAAACUGUCCCCCACAGUACCCCUUUAGUAGAUUUGAUAAUCAUCCUCAGGCUGGACAUAGGGGUUUAUAGCAGUGUGGCAAGGAAGGUCUCCUCCCAAGCCAUCCUCUCCCCCUAGGUAGAUUUAAGACUCAUCCUUUGGCUAGACUUGGCGCAUUGUGAAACCAAGAUGGCCGCCCUUUAGGGGUUGGUGCUCAAUCGCAAUGAUCUUACAGAAAAAUAGGGGGCUGUGAACAGUCUAUUGUUAUGAAAGUACAUAAAUAGUUUUCUCUGUCACUCAAGUAAACUUCAUUUUAGUAUAAAAGGUUUCAGAAUCAGUCUCGUUUUAAAGUGACGGUUUUUUGGUACUUGGAAUUAGCCAGUUGCUUUUUUUGUGUAUUAAUAGAGUGGAAACUCCUGUAAGUGACAACCUGAUGGGCGAAGAUGUAGUGGUCGCUUACAGAAGCUGGUCACUUAUGAGAAUUAUUGAUCCUCAGAGGGUCUGUUCAUACUAAAGAAGCGUUUUGAACACAUCUACAUUUUGGAAGAGAAUUAAUAGCAUGCUAUGUUUAGUUUCUUGUUGUGUCACCAAAAGUUCUUUGCAUAUCCUGAGUAGUGUAGGACAUUCAGCAAACAUACAGAUCAAACCAUGAGCCAAGUGGUCGCUUGAAAGAGUGUAAAAAAAGCAUGGAAAAUUCUAAUCCCAGCAUCCAAAAAAGUGGUGACUGUUGCUUACAAGAGGUUCCAACUUGAGUGAUUAAACUGGGAAAUUUUUGGUGUUUUGGAUGGUUGGUUGCUUAUAGGAGGUGUUUGCUUACGAGAGGUGGUUACACAUGGAGGUUCGACUGUAUUGCACCUAUCCUUUCAAGCUAUAAUGCACCAAAGAGGCUGACGCGUGUUUUUUCAGAUUCUAAUCAUGUCGUUUUUCUUUUUGUAGGGUUUAGAUUUAGUGGAGACAUUUUAUUCAAAUAGUCCUCCAGUUCAUUCACAUCCAAAGGUAAUGAAAGAAAGAAAGCAGACACCUCAUUAUCAUGGACAGUUUUCUUUGCCCCUGGGGAAAGAAAUCCCCUACAUUUUCUCUAAAUUCAACCCACUUAAUACGGAAACCCUGUUAAUACGGACACUUUCAAUGACCCCCUCAGUGUCUGUAUUAAUGGCGUUUCACUGUACUUGUCUGGACUUCCAGACAUGACCUUUUUGCAAAUCCCGAUGCGGGUGACAUACAGUACUCUUGCUAUGAGGAGGUCUGAAAGUAAAGGGUGAAAUGAAAUAAAAAUACUGUUAUACUAGGUCUUUAUAUCUGAGAACACUAUCAUGUAAAAUGGAAGGGCUUUCUUUCCUAUGGAACAAAGCAAACUGUCCAUAAUAAAGAGGUGUCCAUAAUUAAGUGGGUGUCCGUAAAGCGGCGUUUGACUGUACGGACACUUUUUAUGGCUCCCUCAGUUUUGUAUUAACGGGAUUUGACUAAACUUUGAAAAGUCCACGCCGAAAUGGAAGAAUCCCCAUGACUUAUCCCUUUGAUUUUUGUCUUUCUCACAGCUGACCAAAGCUCUCAGUGAGGGAGACGCACCCAGGGGCAAGAAAAGUUCACGUGGAUUGACAGCCAAGCCUGGAAAAGCUGCCAAGGUUAUGGCAAGGUUAGUUUAUCUUGCUAGUUGCUACAGUACAAAUGGNCCAUAAUUAAGUGGGUGUCCGUAAAGCGGCGUUUGACUGUAAGGACACUUUUUAUGGCUCCCUCAGUUUUGUAUUAACGGGAUUUGACUUAACUUUGAAAAGUCCACGCCGAAAUGGAAGAAUCCCCAUGACUUAUCCCUUUGAUUUUUGUCUUUCUCACAGCUGACCAAAGCUCUCAGUGAGGGAGACGCACCCAGGGGCAAGAAAAGUUCACGUGGAUUGACAGCCAAGCCUGGAAAAGCUGCCAAGGUUAUGGCAAGGUUAGUUUAUCUUGCUAGUUGCUACAGUACAAAUGGUGGUCCAUGAUUAGAAACUGAAAAACCACAUUUGCGCCUCUCUAAUGUACCUGUAUAUCUCUUAACCCUUCACUCCUAAUGGUACGCUACAUCAAAAUUCGAGAAGAAAUUCAAAUUUCAUUUUUAAAAAUAUGAGAAAGCAAAUGUAUCGCGUGAAAGGUUUACUAGAGAGGUCUCAUUUUAAUGGUCACAUUAUAGGAUUUCAUGCACAGACUCAAAAGUUACGUGUAGGACUACAUACGAAAAUAAAUAGUACCAUUGAAAAGUACUGCUAAGGAGGUUUCAAUUGAAGAACAGAAUGGUCACACGAUAGGAUUUCAUCCACAGACUCAAAAUUUAUAAGAGCCACUAACACGUUCCUCUGCGCGAAACGCCCCCAGCGGCAACGAGCGAGGAGAAACGGAUGUUUUCGCAGGCUAACAACACUCGUCAUAAUCACAACACUCGUCACAGUCACAACACUUGUCAGAGUCACAACACUCGUCAGUGUUACAACAGUCGUCAAGCUCACAACACUUGUCAGAGUCACAACACUUAUCACAGUCACAACACUUGUCACAGUCACAACACUCGUCACAGACACAACACUUGUCACAGUCACAACAGUCGUCAGGGUUACAACAGUCGUCAGAGUGUUUCGCGUAAUCGAAUUUCCUUCUGGCGCGUGGAGAGUCUCCUUGUCUUUUCUUGACUUUUAUUUAGCGACUCUGCGCUUGAGGGGAUCUGCCUUCCGCUUGCGGCUUUGCUUAUCGCGCUGGCUGGUCUGGCCCCCGAAUUAAAGUACCCGUUAUCCGAAUAGGAAACCAACUGCGCAUGCUUCCAAGUUAUAAAUCCGAGCAAUGUUUCAUAAAAUACCUUCGGUGACAUUUUUUAAUUAGCCUGUUGUCACAAGCAGGCGUUGUUAGCCAAUCGUCACACGUCAUUGUUAGAGCAGGUGAUUGGUCAUGCGCAACUCCGCUGCAUUAUACUGUAAGGGGGAAUUCUCAGUGUUUUUGACUUAAUCGUUCAUCUGGUUUUGUGAAAUCUAGGAUAAAGUCAUGGAAAAGUUGAGCUCUUGUCAAAAUCAUGAAAAGAAUGUUACGGUGAGAUUGCUACAGGAUUUUACCAAAAUUGUACAAAAAGGUCUUUUGAAAGAAAAAAUAAACAAGAGAAGUAUUCCGUCGAUUGAUUUUGUUGCUCCAAAUGACUUAAUGCAGAUCCCGUGAAAAAUGCAAAGAGACUGAAAAUGAGAUGAGAAAUAAUCUUUUUUCCUUUGGUGAUAAUCAUGUUAUUAUGUUACAGCUGUUUAGUUCAUUAAUACUUUUGUUGUAAAAUAAUGGUAACAGGACUUCGUGUCGUCCGAUUCGGUCUGUAAUCAUACUCGUGAAUAAACAAAUCGGAUUCUCGCUAGGCGGUCGUCCGAUUUUGUUAGUCACUCAUAUUGAUUGCAGACCGAAUUGGACUCCACUUCAGUCCUGUUACCAUUAUCAACAAAAUGAAGUAAACAGCUGUGACACAGCCCCUCUAUGGUGAGGUAGAAAAACGUUUUGGCAGUUACUAAGGAAGAAACUAAAGCCGGAAAGGGAAAAAAGAUUAGUGUCAGGGGCACCGAAUGAUUGUUUUCUCCGACUGUAAAAUAUUUGUUGGGAGAAGCAAAAUUUGCCUAGAAUUUUCUAAGGUUUGAGGAAGGCUAAAAAAUUUCUAGAUGCGUGACCGUUCCAUUCAUGUACAUUGUACUAUUUUCGAAGUUUAUCUAAUAAAUUUCCGAAGAUUUUCGAAAGUUCAAUUUUUCGCAUUUCACUGCCCAGGUUAAGCUAUUUUUCGUAGACAAAAGAAACCUAAAAAUUUCGGAUUCGAAAAUGCGACGGAGAGAGGAAUAAAAAAAAUUCUUACUUUCGUAAAACUUUAAAUUAUUGCAUCUAAAAUUUUCGGGAAAAUAAUACUGAAGCCUUGUAAUUUCGAAAAGACUCAAGUUGCCACAGGAUAACCGAAUAGCCGAUACAAAUUUUAUAGCGUCGUUUAGAAUGGAAUUCUAGAGAUCUAAAAGUACUCUGGUUAGCCUAAAAAGUGUUUUCAAUGUAUUUAGGAGGAAACGUCGUUGGGUACUCUUGUUAGUGUAACUAAACGAUCGAUCGUGAUGUUAGCCAGCUCACGUGUACUCAACCCAUGACAAUCACCGAAAUACCAUGAGCUUUUUACCUGGUGAUGAUCAGGUACUUUAUUCUUGUGUCCGUUGUGUCACGAAAUUUCUCAAAAUUCAAACAGUGGAAUCUACCACCAAUUCGAGUGAAAAAUAACUGCUCAAGAUAUUUAAAGAGGGUAUGCAUAGUAGUGUAAAUACAAAAGGAGGUGCCCACGGAUGCACAGUCCUGAAAAAGAUUUAAACGGAUUGCAAUUGUGGUCUUUGAAUGAACUUGUUGGCCUAACAGCUUUUCAAAGUUCAUUUUUGUUGUUUGCAACGUUUGGUGUAAAGCUUUGGGAGAGAUAUUUGUUUGAUAGGAAGCUUUGAUCUUGUCUUUUACAAGUAAAUUCUUCGUUAGGGUCAAGUUCCAAGGGGGAAAAUGAGGCGUUGUAGGCAAUAUUGAAUGAAUAAACAACUUUUUUAAUGUAUCAAUCUUUUAGCCGGCUACACGUAGCCUACUAAUCGGGGACAACUAAUUUAUAAACUCUAUUUAAGCUUAAGAUUACAUUUGAUAAUAUUCAUAAUGAUUAUUUACAAUGUAAAAAAGAUGAAAUAAAAUAUCUAUAAAAGUACUUUAAUAGCGUUAAAAUUCUUUUUUCUAAAAGUAAUCGAGAGCUCAAUUUAACAAAUACAGUCUCAAGUAUGAACUAGACAUCCGUGACACAGGUCCUUUUAUAAGGAGUUAGUCGCUGGUCAGGUUGAAGGUUCCUUGACAUAUAUGGUACAAGAAACUUCACGUCUAAGGUUAACAGUUCAUAGAGCGGCAGUGUUGUCCCAAACAAUGUACGGUUCAGAUCGGGUUUUUUCAGUUUAAUCCAAAGUUCUGUGUACACACAUAGUACCAACUCCGACUCUCUCUGUCAUCAUGUGCUCGCUGUUUUCUUUUAAUCAUACCGUUCUCGUUGUCGAUAGUCCCAAGCCGGAUUUUCUGGAGGAUGGCUUUCAGUUACCAGACAUGGAUUCCAAGUCAGAAAUCCUUACUGAGGACCGAUUGAUCGCUGUAAGUAAUAUUUUAUUCUUUUAUAAUGCUGUCAGCCACCUAAAUCGAUGUUCAAACAAAAACUUAAUUUUCGUUUUGUAAAAUCCUGGCGAGAAAAAAUUGUCAUGGAAAUGUAUUUUAAAGAGGUUUCAUUUGGAUUGUAACACCAAAGGAUUUCAUUCACAGACAAGUCUGCGUAGCCGGCGGUUUUUAAAAAGGAGUGUAAGAUAUUGCAAAGAUGACGGAAACGAAAGCACCGGAAAAGCUGUAGGUUAAAUGAGCAAAACAACAAUUUACACAGUUCGGGAGUAUGUCAGUUUUGGAAGAAGCGAAAACAAUGAUCUACGUCACCAACCAUAACAUGAUCACCAUGACGAUGGUCAUUUUCAAAACAUACAAAAUGGCGGACAAAGGAGAGGAAAGAGUAUUGACCAUAAUCCUCGUUUAUUCUUGUUUUAUCGAGCCUUUUAUUUGUCUUCUCGUUACCAUGAAUUGGGAAGUACCUUGAGGGCAGGGAGUAACCAUUCUUGCGCUAUAGUUCUAAGCUUAUCGCGCGCUUAGUGGGCACUACGUAUUCACUGCGUAGGUAAUCAGUACUUCGAAAAUAGGUAAGCACGCUAACAAGUUUGUGCCUAUUAAUUUCAUUAAUUUUUUAUAUUAUAAGAAAAAAAAAUGCUGUGGAAACUAUUAGGAAAGUGAGUUAUUCUAUAAUUUAUUUCCUUAUGUUUGCUCGGAGACCCAGGGGCGGUCAAGUUUUCAAGCACAGGCGGAAGAGCCCCUGGGUACCGACUCUCACCGCCAUUUCCAAACGGUCAAGCGAAUGCUGUCUCCUGAUUGGGCACAAAAAAUGCUUUGUAUUAUUGUGCCCACUCGGCGAACAGCAUCUCCUGAGUUCUUUUCGUGAGUUCGUACACGAAGGCUAUUGACCCGAUCACGGCUUGUCUGGCUUAUGCACCAAAGAAAUGCACGCAAUCAGGAAACUUUCAGUUUGAUAUAAACUCUCCAUUUCAAAAUACUGUCUACCCGAAAACUAAAGACGCUCUCGCCCAUACUAAAUAAACAGUACCAUGUGUUCUGGGCGUGGUUCAGGCUUCAGGGGCUUGUUUCUAGAAAGACCCGGAAACUUUUCGGGCCCGAAGGCAAAUUUUAAAAUCAAAACCUGUUGAAUAGUUGCACAGUUCCUAGCCCACAAACCAGUCAAUUUUGCUUCGUUAAUUGAUAGUUUCACUGUAUUAUUUUCAAAAUGAUUAAAACUUUGAUCUUGAAUGCAAACACAAAACAGCUUUCCGGGCCCGAAAAGUUACCGGGGCUUUCGAGAAACAGGCCCCAGGCCCCUUAAAGAGACCUUAUUAAAACAGGCAGCUAAAAGACUCUGAAUUGCGCGAUAGAUGUUGGCGUCGAAUGCGGCCUACAGCAUAGUAUAAUUGCAUUUUUAACUUUCUUUUACAUGUCUCUUUACAAACAGCUCCAAGCGAUAUCUGUAUAGUCAGCUCUCUCGUAACGGACACUUAAAUAUUAAAGACGGACGCCUCCUUAGAACGGACUCUUAGAGUAGGGGUCGGAUUGUAGGUUUCUGGGAAACUACCCACCUACCCCUCCCCUAACCCAACGUUUUGCAAUAAGGGAGACACAAUUGUAAACGUUGAGUUAGGGGAGGGGUAGGUGGGUAGUUUCUCGGAAACCUUAAUUGAUCCGGGGUCUCUGCCUUUCUUUACUCUACUCUCUAGAAGACGGACUUCACUCUUAGAGGGACACUUGGUGCCGAUCCCAAGGUGUCCUUAUUGGAGAGAGUUGACUUUAUUGGUUUACCCUUUAAGCCCCAAUAUCCAAAUACAAAUUCUCCACACUAGUGUCCAUACAUUGCCUUAUAGAAUUGGUCGAGAGAACUUGAUCAAAAAUCAAAGCAUUUCUCCUUUGUUCAUCAUUUUGUUAAUUCUCCCAACCUUGUCUCUUGAUAAUUUGUAUUGAUAUAGUUAGGAGAAAAUACAUGUUGGUCACUCUUGAAACUUAAAGGGUUAAAGAUAUUUUGCCUUCCGCUCUGAAAAUCCCAAGUGAGACAAAAAUGUGCAAUUUGCAUUCCUCAAUCUCUGUUAUAUAUCGUGUGGGAGUCUCUUCUCUCCCCUGGGGCGUGGACAACGGAAAUCGAUGCGUUUGCAUGUCUCACGCGCAUAAAACAAUUCAAAUUUAUUCUAGUAACAAUUUGUCAAGCUUUCUAGCCGUGAUGUCUUGUCGGUAUUUAACAAGGUACAAUUCGGAACGGUUCCAGAACGUUGCUGUUGGACACUCUGUGGAAUAAAAGUUUUUGCGUUCUUCAGUUAAACAGGAGCCUUCCCUCGAGAACUGUGGGUCACUGUUGGGUGUUGGUCUAUAGCACGUUUCAGCAUGGAUUCUCACUCAAGACACUUUACAGAAAAAUGGAGUAUUACGACUCACCUAUCCUCUUGGUAGUCAACGACGGUGAACAUCAAGUGAGUACCAAACGAUUCAUUUGGUGGUCACACAGCGCUCUUCGGGAAGUAGCCUGCAUAGCAAGCGUUUCCUCGCGAAGUUCGUCUAGAAAGCUGGGAUAAGAGCGAAACAAAUGAAUGACGGGGGAGGGGGAGAGGAAAGAAGGAACCCCUCCCCUCCCCCUCCCCCUUCAACCUUUUUUUUGCCUCCGCUCUAACUUUUGCGCAAUAACUCGAUUGGAAACGCUUGCUACGCAGGCUAUUCGGGAAGGAACUUUACGUGACGACCUCUCAGGGCUGCGUUACGGAACUUAUAAUGCUUGAUGUGACUUGAAUGUUAUAGAUUUAUCUUUGACUUCGAUUCAGCUCUUAUUAGAUCUUAGAGGAGCUCCUUACGUCUCAUUGUAAUCUUAUUGUAUUAGGGUUAUGUCCUUGUUCACGGUCACUUGAAAAGCAGCCCUUGCUGACAGUAUUUUAACGUGGUUAGAUAAAGGUCAUUGUUACCACAUAAAGUCUGCGUAAGGAGCAACAUGGCGGGAAGGAUGCAGGGGCGGAUCUAGGGGGAGGGUGCAGGGGGUGCGCACCCCCCCCCCCCCCCCCCCCGCUCGAAUGCGGUCUACAGCACAGUAUAAUGGCGUUUUUAACUUUGUUUUACAUGUUUCUUUAAAAACAACUCCGAGCGAUAUCUGUAUAGUCAGCUCUCUCUUAACGGACACCUAAAUAAGACGGACGCUUCCUAGAACGGACUCUUAGAGUAGGGGUCGUAUCAUUUUCGGCUCCUGGGAUACUACCCACCUACCCCUCCCCUAACCCAACAUUUUGCCCUAAGUGUUAACGUUGAGUUAGGGGAGGGGUAGGUGAGUAGUUUCUCAGAAACCUAAAUUGAUCCGGGGUCUCUGCCUUUCUUUACUCCCGUUAUUUGACUCUCUAUAAGACGGACAUCACUCUUGGAGGGACACUUGGUGCCGAUCCCAAGGUGUCCUUAUUGGAGAGAGUUGACUUUAUUGGUUAACCCUUUAAGCCCCAAUAUCCAAAUACAAAAUCCUCCACACUAGUGUCCACACAUUGCCUUAUAGAAUUAGUCGAGAGAACUUGGUCAAAAAUCAAAGCAUUUCUCCUUUGCUCAUCAUUUUGUUAAUUCUCCCAACCUUUUUCCUUGAUAAUGUAUUGAUAUAGUUAGGAGAAAUACAUGUUAGUCACUCUUGAAACUUAAAGGGUUAAAGAUGUUUUGCUUUCCAGCCUGAAAAUCCCAAGUGAGACAAAAAUGUGCAAUUUGCAUCCCUCAAUCUCUGUUAUACAUUGGGGUGUUGACAACCGAAAUCGAUGCGUCUGCAUGUCUCACACGCUCAUAAAACAAUUCAAAUUGAUUCUUUAACAAUUUGUCAAGCUUUUCGCCGUGAUGUCUUGUCGGUAUUUAACAAGGUACAAUUCGGAACGGUUCUAGAACGUUGCUGUUGGACACUCUUUGGAAUAAAAGAGUUAAUGGACUUUUUUGCGUUCUUCAGUUAAACAGGAGCCUUCCCUCGAGAACUGUGGGUCACUGUUGGGUGUUGGUCUAUAGCACGUUCCAGCAUGGAUUCUCACUCAAGACACUUUACAGAAAAAUGGAGUAUUACGACUCACCCAUCCUCCUGGUAGUCAACGACGGUGAACACCAAGUGAGUACCAAACGAUUCAUGUGGUCGUCACACAACGCUCCUCUGGAAGGAACGUUACGUGACGACCUCUCAGAGCUGCGUUACGGAACUUAUAAUGCUUGAUGUGACUUGAAUGUUAUAGAUUUAUCUUCGUCUUCGAUUCAGCUCUAAUUAGAUCAUAGCGGAGCCCCUUACGUCUCAUUGUAAUCUUAUUGUAUUAGGUUUAUGUCCUUGUUCAUGGUCACUUGAAAAGCAGCCCUUGCUGACAGUAUUUUAACGUGGUUAGAUGAAGGUCAUUGUUACCACAUAAAGUCUGCGUAAGGAGCAACAUGGCAGGAAGGAUGCAGGGGCAGAUCUAGGGGGAGGGUGCAGGGGGUGCGCACCCCCCCCCCCCCCCCCCCUACGUUUGAACAACCGGGGCCAGGACUUGUAAUGCCCUGCUAUUCGAAGGGAUACACGACAAAUAACCAUGAGUCAAACUGUUCCUAAGUAGGAUGUACAAACAAUAUAGGCUAACCUGAUUCUCAUACCGUUGGAGGUAUUACUGCCUCUUCUUGCCCACCCUCCUUGUCCGAUGGGGGGUUAAGAUCGGGGACAGACAAUUAAAGCCUAGGGGCACUUAACCAUUUACGUGGGAAAACCGGAAGUUCCGUUUGUAAAAUCAAAUGGUUCGUCUUAUUCCGUUUAGAAAGCCUCAGAAAAUAUGGGCUGUGAUUUGAGGCGAUGCAAUUUUUCAGCUUUUUUUAGUCUGUUCAGCUGAUUUGGAUAUACUUUGUAGCGGGUCAUUCUCCCAUUACGUCAAAUUUUUAUAGUUUUAUGUUUAUGCCCAAGAUUUCCUCCCGGGUUGUUUGUGUAAGUGGUAAACACCCCUGGUUUCCACCGGCGACGCAUUAGAGUGUUGUACCCGGUGAAAACAUGCGCUGAUGUAAGCGCAAGAGCAUGGAAACAUUUUGAUUCUCGUGCUUGUUCCCGUGCUUAUGCUUGCAUCUGGGCCUGUAUUCACGAUGAGGCAAGAUUUAUAUUUCGCUUUUUUUGAGUUAACUAGUGAGAAAAAAGGCUUUAAAAUGACACGUAAAGCUGUGCCAUAAAGUAACAUAAAUUCACCUGUUAACGAGACUGAGGGCCUGUUUACAUGCAAGUGGGGGGCCCCAGGUAGGUGAGGUAACCCGCUUAGGUGGGGUAACCCGCCUGUCCAUACAAUCUCUCAUUUUCAUGUGAUCACAUUUACAUGUUAGGUGGGGUAACCCGCCACAUGUUACCUCACCUUCCUGGGGUCCCCCACCUUCAUGUAAACAGGCCCUAAACGUGUUCUUGAAGGAAUAGUCUGGAUUUUUAUGGAAUGGCCAUUAGUAUAAUACCUGUGAAAGUAACUACUUUAUAUUUUAUUCUCGUCAGACUUUUGGUGCUCUGUGCUCCUGCCCGUUAAAAGUCAGUGAAGGAUUCUAUGGAACAGGAGAGUCGUUCUUGUUUAAGUUUGACAAGAAUGACGUCAAGGUAUGUAUUAACCAGUAAUGGUGAGCUUAGUAAGCUUGCACAACAGGACAGCUGAGGGAAGAUGACGGCAAGACGUUUGUGUGUGACAAACGUGACAGAGCUAUUACUUGCGAGUUUUGUCGUGUUCUGGACUUUUCAAAACCGAUCUGUUUAAAGGAGGUGGAAUUAGGCGGAAAAUUCUUUCAGACGUGACUGUUGUCACGCUAGUCACGCAAGAUUUGCCGUCUUCUUUCCUCCGCCGUCCUUUUGCGUAAGUUCACCAAUUACUCGGCUUAAAAGUUGACGGUCCAUAAACAUUAAAUUGAUCCGUUGAAAGAAUACGUUGUCUUUCACAUAUACGUUUGUUGACCAAGCCUGUGAUCAAGGACUUGGCUGUAUAAAGAUUGCCUGCAAGUUUUGUUAUAACGUGUUUUAUGUGAUUUUUGCUGUUACUGUUUGUUGUAGACUUUCGGUUGGACUGGAGAGAACCACUUUUUCAUCAAGGGAUCAAAAGACAGCUUAGCUAUUGGGAGCGGAGGGUGAGUCUCAGUAAAAGCAAAACCUUACAAAUGUGGAAUCUAUUCAAGCGAAUUUUUGUUUAUUCCUGCAUGGGACACAGUCCCCUAUUUUCCGUAAGUUCCGCCCCUCGGUACAUAUGAAACCAAGAUGGCUGCCCUUACCGGUAAGUGGUCGGAUAAUCCUGAAGAUCUUACGAAAAUAAAUAGGGCACUGUCAACUGUCUACGAGGCACACUAAGACCUACAUAAUUCAUGGGUGCAAAGUAAAUCCUACUACUGACGUUUCUUGGAUAAGUCCAAGGCAUUUAAGACAGUCGAAGCUCUUCUUAUAAGUCUCCGUUGUCGAGGCUGUACAUGUAUGUAUUCAGUUUCAGUUUAUUGUUUUGCCAAAAUGAUUUUAAAAAAAAAAAGAAAUUCUAAUUAAAAAGUUAAUAGCGAGUAGCUCGAGGGAAUCUUACACGUUUUAAUAAGAAACGUCAGGGAAUUUUGACAACUGAUGUCUGUGGCAACCAUGUCUGUAUUUAGGGUAUUCAGUAACUAAUGCUCAAGGUUGUAGAGAACAUGCCUGUAAAUGUAAAAACCAGUUAAGAAUGAUUAGUAAUGAAAGCUGUAAUGUAAUCGGAGAUGUUUGGGUUAGCCUCUGGUACUAAAUACUUUUUUGUCCAGUUUUGAUUGUACUCAUUCCCGUAUUUCAGUGGAAACUUCGGCCUUUGGUUGGACGAAGAUCUCUACCACGGGAGAAGCCAUCCGUGCGCGACUUACAGCAAUGUGCAGCUCUCCUCGCAAGAAGACUUUCUCUGUAGUGGUCUGGAGGCCUGGACAUUCGUUUGA